CAAUACUGAAGACUUAAAAGGACAUAAAUACGAAACUGUGACAAGAAUUAGAAAUAGAAAAAGGUCGAUCGUCGUUGCGAGGGUUUUUGAUCCAAACUAUCGUUUAUACACAAUCCGCGGCGCGUCAGCUACUCAUGAAUAUGACAUCAGUGUCCGCCUGACCCCGCAAUGUUGAUUUAUGCCCCGACGGCGAUCCAUCACCCGCCCCGGAUAGCUGCGCCGACAAACAAACCACUUUUGCUUGAUGGGACAACGGCAAACCUUUUGUGUACCCAAUUCGAAUUGCCCGGGAAUUGAGUAUGCAUGAAUCUCCAAUUUCGGCAAAGUGAUACGUUUUUGUGAAUGUGUGUAGUGUAGUGUGGAAUCAUGAGGCGACGACCAUUGCCGCCCGUUAGGGAGGAAGUGAAUACUAAAUCUUGGCGUAGUGUGUGUGAGAGCGAAUGGGCGAUAUAUGUGCUGGUGUCGUCAGUGGGUGCGUUGACGUACGCUAAUAGUUUAGACGGUGAAUUUGUGCACGACGAUAUCCCAGCGAUUGUGUCGAACAGUGAUGUGAACGGUGCGAACCCUGUUGCCAGGGUGUUUAAGAAUGACUUCUGGGGAACCCCAAUGUCGGAUCUGAACAGUCAUAAAUCCUACCGGCCGCUGACAACGUUGUCGUUCAGAUUAAACCACGCUCUAUGCGGUUUCUCACCGUGGUGGUGGCACGCGUGCAAUGUAGCGCUGCACGCAGCUUGCUGCGCGCUAGUCGCGCGGACAGGCGCCGUGGUCGCGCGGCUGCAGCGCCCGUUUGCAGCAUUGGCUGCGCUGCUGUUCGCUGUACACCCAGUGCACACUGAGGCUGUAGCGGGCGUGGUUGGACGCGCCGACGUGCUAGCUUGUGUUUUCUUCCUGUCUUCGCUCCUAUUAUAUCAUGGGUCGUCGGGUCGACAUCGUGUUUGGUCAAGUAUCGUGCUGGCUGCUCUCAGCAUGCUGGCGAAGGAGACAGGCCUUACAGUUCUACUAUUCAACGUGACUUUCGAUUUAUAUCGAUGUUGGAACCCGAUUUCAAAACCUUCGUCAGCAGUGAAAUGGAGAUGGAAAACGGACAGCCACUGGGGGCGACUGGUACGAGUGUUCAUUGCUCUGGCGUUACUUAUAGGCGCGAGACUAGCGUUGCUGCAGGGUUCCCUGCCAGCUUUCUCACCGCAAGACAACCCUCCAGCGUUCCAUCCUUCAUUCAUUGUCAGGUUAAUGACUUUCUGCUACCUAGCUGCAUUCAACUGGUGGCUACUGCUGUGCCCCUGGACCCUCAGCCAUGACUGGCAAAUGGGUUCGAUACCACUGGUGACCAGCGGCUGGGAUCCGAGGAACUUGCUCACGUGUGCCGCCAUCAUCACUUUGGUUGCACUCUCGUACAGAUGCCUGAUGGAUUUAGAGUUACAACGUCACACCCCCGCAGUUGUGGGUUUAAUGUUGCUUGUAAUACCAUAUCUGCCAGCUUCAAACCUGCUCGUUACAGUUGGAUUCGUGGUGGCCGAGAGAGUAUUAUACAUACCCAGUGUGGGAUCAGUCCUCAUAACGGUGUACGGCAUUCAGUUAUUGUGGCGACAUUAUGGCGGUGCCAAACGGUUGCUGGUGGUGGUCGUCGCGGCGCUGGUUGCUGCUGGAGUGGCUAGGACACAUCUGAGGAAUAGGGAGUGGCGGACAAGGGAGACCUUGCUCAGAGCUGACCUAUCAGUGUUACCCCACAAUGCAAAGUUGCAUUACAAUUUCGCCAACUUUUUGAAGGACAUUGAGCAACAAGAGAGUGCCAUUAGACAUUAUAAAGAGGCGUUGAGACUGUGGCCAAGUUAUGCUAGUGCUCACAACAAUCUCGGCACACUGGUGAUGGAAUCAGGACGAGCGGAACACCAUUUCUUGCAAGCUCUCAAAUACAACCGUGAUCAUAUUAAUGCACAUUACAAUCUUGCCAAGUUGUACAGAAAAAAGAAUCGCGUAUGCGAUUCCUUGAAGAUGUUGGAGCGGUGUAUCUCACUGGAGCCUCGGUUCGUGCAGGCAUAUCUGGAACUGCUGCUUCUAACGGACGAGGACGACAAGAGGCCAAUAUUGGACAAGCUCGUCGAACUCGAGCCCAACAAUUGGGAGCAUUACCUCUUGUACGGCAAUUGGUACAAAGGUCGAGAUUUAUUGCCAUUAUCAUUAGAGUAUUACAUGACGGCAAUGAGGUUGUCGUUCACGAGUAAGUCGCAGAGCAGCGAACGCGGCAAGAUACUGUCAAUGCGCGCCGCUUGCUUGGCGUUGCGGAGUGCGGGUCAGCGGGCGAGGGUGCUCCAAUUACUAACAAGGUGGCAGGCGGCGCGGGGCGGCGCGCGCGCAGCCGGCGCCCGGCGGCGCGCGGCGGCGGCGUGGCGCCUGCGCACCGAGCUGGCCGGCCGCGCCGCGCUCUACGCACGGCCCGCGCGCCCGCCGCCGCAGGUAACAUCGACGUGUCUCCACCACAGCCAACUGGAAGUGUCGCACGAUGCGUACACAUCCCGUCUCAAAGAUAACGAUAUAGUGAAUGCCAAUUCUAGAACUUUCUACACCACUCCCGACCGUGAGUUGGAUGAAGUAAUGAAAAUUGAUAAGAAUAGUUGCCAAAAGAGCAUUAAGAAGUGCGUGUCUAUAUCGGCACAGUACAAACCGACCCACAACAAGUCAGAAACAGGACAUAAACAGAAGAGCUGUCCGUUGCACAAGAAGAAGAAAAUAAAGGAGCCAAAUACGUUCUCGCCUUUUGUUUCUGAACAUUUAAUAAAGACUUAUUAGUUUGUAAAUACGCUAAACUUGAUUAGUUCUGUAUAGUUUCUGUAACUGUUAAUUAAGAACUUAAUUCAUGUUUAUAACAAGCAAAUAACGUCCCAUUAUAAUUCACAGAUAUGUCAUUGUAAAUGGAAAAUGUUAGGGUACUAUCAUCACUUUGAUGAUUUGCUAAAAGCAGAGUUGAAGCUAUGCAAGUCAAGAUAUAAAAAUAUGAGCUACACCCAUUUGUGAUGCAUACAGUCUAUCUUGAAAACUUUUGCUACAAGAUUUUAUUUAUAACCAUUUUUAAGUUAAUGUGUAGUGUAUUCUUGUAUAUUCAUCACAUCACAUGUUACUGUAUUCUGGGAAUGAAUAAAGUUACGACUCAUGGUAUUCUUAAACUUCAUCAGAUGGUAAAGGAUUUAGCUAUUAUUUACUACAUGGAAAGGAAUUUUUAUUUUAUGACGUUACAUAAUAUAAUUCUAAUAUACAAGAGUAUUUUAUUAUUAUUAUUAUUUCAGCCGUUAACUCUCUACUGCUGGAUAUUAGCCUUCCCUAUAAGAAGAGUUUUGCCAGUAGUUGUCACGCUUGGCAGGCGGAUUGGCAACCGCAGUUAGGCUUUUACAGAUGUUUUAAGAGGGACGCUGCUACCCAUCCCUCGUCCUAUCUUAGUCGGCACUUACGACACCCAUAGGAAAGUAUGGGAUGGCCCAUUUUAUGCCGAGGCACACACGGUGGAUAUACAAGAGAAUAAAAUUCAUAAAUUAAAUUGUUUAAAUUCAUGUAACUUUUUUAUACCACGAAGGUGGCAAAUAAGCAUACAGCCCGUCUGAUGGUAAGCGGUUACCGUAGCGUACGGACUCCUGCAACACUAGGGGUAUCACGUGCGCAUCGCCGACCCUAACUUACUGGCUAACUCUCUCCGAGUUAAAAUAAACACUGUUGAUGAGAAGGAGACAUGACACUGUAUUCUAACCUCCGUUACAUGGAGAAAAAUUUAACUAUUAUUUAUUUUACUAUGUCACAUAAUGCAUGUAAUGUAAUUCUUAUAAACAAAUGCCUUAGAUUAUAUAAAUAGAGAAUCAAGUCUCAAAAACGGGUCAACUUUUUGUCAGCUAAUUGCCAAAUUAGCUGAAUUGUUUUUUUUCAGUGUUCUAUAUACUUACGCACAUUAUCUAUUAUUGACGUAUCUAUAUUUAAUUAUUUAAUAAAUAAAACAAGUUUUUAUGCAUUAAAAGGAUGAAAAAAAUAUUUUAGAAAAUACAGAAUUAUAAAGGAUCCCAUUCGUGUUUCAACCGUGAAGCAGUUGUGUUUGCAUGGCUUUGUUUCGGUUUGAAGGGUGGGAUAUGGCGUGAAUUUACUGGGUACAGAGGGAUAAUACCUAAGUCCUCAGGAACGGCAACGCAUGAAGGGUAUCAUGGGCGAAACAGUAUACUUUGUUAUGUCAAUGGUACUGCUCGUGUCUAUAGGCGACGGUUACAUCAGGUGGGCCGUCAGCUUGUUUGCUAUUCUAAGUUGUAUAAAAAAAAAAGGAAACAUUCAUAACUAUUUAGCACACAAAAUUGGGUGAAAAAUUUGACCCGCUUUUCUCGAAGCAUUUGUAUGGAGACACUCUAUCAAUAUAAUCUAAAACAAAUGUAUAAGAAUUCAAAAUUUUUGCGACAGUGUUAAUGUAGGUAACCGACUAACUUUCUACAAGUUAGAUAACAAGUAAUUGGGGGCAGGCUUGAUCGUGGUGCUAAGGUAUUGAUCGAUACAAUAUCAUUUCUUUCUUGAUCUUCAUGAUUGAUUUUUCUGAUGUAACCUUUUGUGACCUUUGCGUGAAAUUAUACAUUUUCUAAUGUCCAUGGUGUAUUCUGUAAUGUUCAUGGUAUUGUUCAUGUCUAUAGACGACGGUUGCCAUUUUACAUCAAGUGGCUUCUUUGCUAUUCCAAGUUCAAAUUAAAUGUGAUAUUUUUUUCUAAAUGGCCAAUAAAAUUGUAAGUGUUAAUAUCGGAUUAUAAUUUUAAAAUAAUUAUAUCUAGGCGUUCUUUCAUCAUCGUCAUCAUAUCAGCCAUUAACUGUCCACUGCUGUACAUAAGCCUCCCCCUAGGGGGGUCUUGCCAGUACUUACCACGCUUGGCAGGCGGAUUAUCAACCGCAAGUUAGACUUUGGAGAUGUUUUAAGAGGGACGCUGCUGCCUAUCCUUUGCUGUCCCUUAGUCUCCUCUUACGGACCACGGGAAAGGAAAGUGUGGCCUGUUCUAUGCCGGGACCACGCGGCAAGGCGUUCUUUAAUACAUAGUACGAAUAUGUGAACGUUAAUAAUCUAUGUAUACAAUAAACACCUAAUCAAUCAAAUGUUACACAAACAAUCCUAUGGAUCAAUUU